AUGUCAUUCCCCCACUCGGGGGCCAUCUUCACGGGCGCGUUUGGUAUCCGUUCAUUUUGCGAGGAGGGUUUCCGAAGAGUCCUCGAGCAUUCGUGGAAGUCUGGCAUUGUGCGCGGGUUUCAGGGGCUAGGGUAAGAGGGGGUUACUGAGCGCACACUAUACUUACUCUAGAGUGCGCGAUGCUUUGACUACCGCAGUAGUCGCAAAACUCUACGGGACGCGCGCGUUGACCGCAAUACACGCGUGCGUGUCCGUGCGGAAGUGUGUUCACGCACGCGCUGUACGGCUGCACGAGGUGACAGCGAGUAGUAGCACCUACAGAGUGGCAUAUUAAUAGGGCACCGAGUAGGAAGCUCGUCUCGAGCUCCUGCAUUCGUAAUAGAGCCGCUCACCGAGGCUCGAUGCGCCGCUGGCUGCUCGUCGCGACCCUCGUCGCCGGCGCCCGGCCGCUGGCGCCGCCCCGGAUCGCGCCGCCGACGCUGGGCGUGGACUACGGGCUGCGGCGCGUCGGCGUGUGCGUGGGCGUCGGCUUCGCGAGCCGGCCGCUCGAGGUCAUCGAGCACGACGAGGACAUCGACGCGGUCGUGGCCCGGUUGCUGCAGAUCGCGCGGCGCGAGCGCAUCGCGUCGAUCGUCGUCGGCCUGCCGCUCGAGAAGGACGGCGCCGAGGGCCUCCAGUGCGCGGCGACGCGGCGCUUCGCGGACGCGCUCGCCGCCGCGGCCCCGGCGACGCCCCUGGUGCUCUGGGACGAGCGCUUCUCGUCGCGCGAGGCGGAGGCGCUGCUGGCGCACCGGCCCGGCGCCGCGCUCGACGCGGUCGCCGCCUGCGUCAUCCUCGAUGAUUUUUUCGCCUCGGCGGACGACGGCGCCGCGGCGCCGCCCGCGCCGCCCGCGCCCGCGCCGGCGGCGCCGCCGAAGCGGCGCCCGCGGCCGAAGCCGCGGCUGCGGUACCUCGAGUAA